AUGAUCUUUCAAAGUGGGCGUUCCAUCGCCUGUCUAUCUCAAUUGAAGGUUCAAUGCCUGCACUCCCGCCAGAGCCUGGUCAGCUCGAAGGUAGACCGCGUCGCCGGCGCAAUUGCAUUGCUCUCUCCCUACAGCGCCCUGAGUAGCUACCUCUGCGCGUCUGUAUCAGCUCGAACAUAUGCGGGGCGGCCUGCCUCGCGACCUAAGCAACAUACAGGUCGCUCUACAUCAACUCGUGUACCAAAAGCUGCUUCCAAAAAGCCCGCCGCACAGCCAGCAGCAAAGUCAGCAACAAAGACCAAGAAGGCAACCCCUAAGAAACCCAAAGCUAAACGAGCGCGCAAAGCAAAGCCCAAGUCCAAGUCAAAAGCGAAGAAGACUUUGACCGAAGCCCAAAAAGCAAGCAGAGCGGUGAAAGAGAGAAGGAACCAAAUUCAGAAAUACAAAGCUCAAGCUUUGACGCCGCCUUCCUCAAGAAGUCGAACUACAGCCUGGACGGUGUUUGCCGCAGAAUCUGUCAAAGGGACGAAAGGAACGAAGCCUGCGAUGGCUAGUGCCUUCAAAGACGCUGGUGUAAAAUAUCGGAGCUUCCAGCCUGAGGAUUUAGAGCACUACAAUCAUCUCGCCAACCAGGUCAAGGAGCAAGCUACUCGAGACUACCGGCAAUUCAUCGCGUCCAAGAGCCCGAGCGAGAUCAAGCAGGCCAACAACGCGAGAAGGCAGCUCAAACGCAUCGCGAAGCAAAACAAAAACGCCCGCGUCCCUCCAGCCUACAAAGUCAUGCUCAAGGAUGAGCGCCAAGUGAAGCAUCCUCGCAUUGCCUACAAUUAUUUCUACACGGAGCGCAAUGCUUCGAACGACUACAAAGGCAUGGCAGUACCAACGCGCUCUGGGCUACUAGGCAAAGAAUGGAAAGAACUCAGUGCUAGCGCGAAGAAACCAUACGAGGAUAAAGCUGCUGCUGAUAAUUUAAGAUAUCGCCAAGAAGUGAAGACCGUUCUGGGAGAAGAUGUGCCGCCGCCUAAAAAGGUGACUACAUGA